GGCAAGCUGAACCUUUUUUGGGAAUAAACAACGAAGCCAUCCCCCAUCCACUGCCCAUUGUGUCUCGCUCCCGACGCCAAACAAGGAAUGGUGACUUCUGAGGUCCGGAGGGCUUGUCAUUUUUCGGGAGGCCCCACCGCGUCUACCCCACGAAGACGCUGUUUGGUGAAAUGGAGAUGAAGAGCCAAUCUCGUCCCCCCUCACGGGAGAAACCAAUCCCCACCAGAUUCCUAUGAGUGUCGCGCUUCCGCCGCUCCUCCGGACCGACAUAACGUGACAAACGCCAUGCCAUAUACCUCGUUAUAAGAGUCGCCGCAGAGAGGGAGGCCUACACGAUCGCCAUGGGAAACGACGACGACGACGACGACCCCUUCGCUGAUGCGCAGCAGCCCUCCGCGCUGCGCGAGCCCGUCACCUCCUCCCUCCGCCGCCAACGCCUUCUCAGCCAGCCCGACUACGGUCCGGUCCCCUUCCCAGCUCACCACCUCGAGCUCAACGAGAGUGACGUCCUCUGGUCCUCCGCCUCCGACGACAUCUUCUCCGCCCCCCCUUCCGCCAUCGCCAGCGACGACCAUGGUCUCGUCAACCGCCUCCCCUCUCCCACUCCCGCCCAAAGCUCUCGUCUCCCGCUCCCCUCCUCUCCUUCCGACCUCCUCAGCCUCCCGUUCGCGCCGGAAAGGCCCGGCCUCACCGCGGCCCUCGCGGAGGACCUGCUUCCCUUGGUGCAUCAGCGACGCUCGGCGGCGAGAGCCGUGCGGCCGGUUGCUGCGACAGCCACGUGGCCCGUGGCGGCGGGGAACGCAGGCUACACUUCAGGGGCUAGCAGGGUGGGUCGCAACCAGUCGGCGCCGGUGAACAUCCCGGCGUGGCCGCGGUGGAGGAGAGGGUGGAAAGCCGAGGUCUCGGAUGGUUCGGAGGAAGAGGCAGAAUCAGGGGACGCGGAAGAAGAGGAGAUGGUGCCACCGCACGUGAUGGUGGCGAGGUCGCGCGCGACGACGUGCACGGUAUUCGAAUGAGUCGGAAGGACAAUCAGAGUGAGGGAUCUCCGGCGGGUGAGGAAUGCCGUGCUGCGGAAGACGGGCUACCUCGAAUCGUAGGAAGGCAGAAGCGUGAGGUAACGUACGACACUUCGUUCUACCUGUCAGUAUA